UUCAUCUCUUCCUGCUUUUUAGCUGCAGUAAAAAGUAGGAUAUGCAUACACAUCCUUGCAAAGUAUUCCUUAUUAUCAAUAUAGGGCAUGAAUGCAGCUGAGGGGGAGAGUUUGCCAAACAACUAAUCUGUUUACAAGCGCAGUGUAAAAUACAGGCAAGGGAGUGAGGCGGGCACUUGAAAUUUAAACGAUUUUUGUGUUUUGGAAGUUUCAGUCACUCCCUAAAUCGCCUGUCAACAAUGGGAUGCAGUGGCAGUUCAGAGCAAAAGCAGCGCGAGUGGAAACCAUUGGAGGAUCGAAGCUGCACGGAUAUUCCAUGGCUCAUCAUAUUCACAUUGUUUUGUAUCGGAAUGGCCUGUAUCGCUGGUUUCUCCAUUUCCACGGGAGCUGCAUCCAGGCUCAUCUCUGGCUACGACAGCUAUGGUAACACCUGCGGUCAGAAGAACAGCAAGAUCGAGGGGGUCGAACUCAGUGGCCGGGAUCAGACCGACAACAAGUAUGUCUUCUUCCUGGACCCCUGCAACAUUGACAUUCUGAACAGGAAGAUCAAGUCUAUGGCACUCUGUGUGUCCAGGUGUCCAGACAUAGAGCUGAAGACGUACACUGAGGUCAAAAAGUUUGCACUGCAAAAUGGGUCGGAGCUCUGCUCAUAUGACAUUCCAGUCUCCAAGUAUGCAAGCCACGGAGAGAGAUCCAAAAAGUGCCCCAAACUCCCUGUGCCAGCAAGUAAGUCUCUCCCGGUGUUCCACCGUUGCACUCCCGUGGACAUCUCCUGCUAUGCCCAGUUUGCUGAGGCCUUCGUCACCUUCGUCAGUGACAACAGCAUGCUGCACAGGGUCAUCGCCGGGGUGAUGGCUAGCAAGGAGAUCAUCAUGGGCCUCUGCGUGCUGGCUCUAGUCCUCUCCAUAAUCCUGAUGGUGGUGAUUCGCUACAUCUCUGUCGUGCUGGUCUGGAUACUCACCGCCCUCGUGGUUCUGGGCUCUUUAGGGGGGACGGGGGUUCUGUGGUGGCUCUACGUGGACCACAGGACGAAUCUGACCGACCAGACUGCUAACACCCCAACACCCCAACAGCAAGUGGCCACAGACAACGUCCAGGCUCUGCUGGUCUAUGCCAUCAUUGCCACUGUCUUCACGGUGAUCCUGCUGCUGCUACUGUUCUUCAUGAGGAAGCGCGUGGCGCUGACCAUCACCCUGUUCCACGUGGCAGGCAAGGUGUUCACUCACCUGCCCCUGCUGGCCCUGCAGCCCUUCUGGACCUUCCUCAGCCUCAUGCUCUUCUGGGUGUCCUGGCUCGGUGUGCUCCUCUUCCUCGGAACCACAGGUAGCCCUGUGCAGAGUGAGGAGACAGGGUUGGUGGAGUAUCAAAUGUCAGGUCCACUCCAGUACAUGGUGUGGUACCACGCUGUGGGCCUCAUCUGGAUCAGUCAGUUCAUCCUGGCCUGCCAGCAGAUGACCGUGGCCGGAGCUGUGGUCACCUACUACUUCACCAGGAAUAAAUCUCAACUGCCCAUGACCCCCAUCGUGUCGUCUAUGCUGCGUCUUGCCCGCUACCACCUGGGCACCGUGGCCAAAGGCUCCUUCAUCAUCACCCUGGUGGAGAUCCCUCGCCUCAUCCUCACCUACAUCCACAACCAGCUGAAAGGAAAAGAAAAUGCCUGUGCUCGCUGUAUGCUGAAAGCCUGCAUCUGCUGCUUGUGGUGCCUGAAGAAGUGUCUAACAUACCUGAAUCAAAACGCGUACACGGCCACAGCGAUCAACAGCACCAGUUUCUGUACGUCGGCGCGCGACGCCUUCGUCAUCCUGGUAGAGAAUGCCCUCAGAGUGGCCACCAUCAACACCGUGGGGGACUUUGUCCUCUUCCUGGGAAAGGUACUGAUCGUCUCCUGCACUGCGUUCGUGGGUGUAUUGUCUCUCAACUACCAGCGGGACUACACGGUGUGGGUGUUGCCCCUGCUCAUCGUCUGCCUGUUCUCCUGGCUGGUGGCCCACUGCUUCCUGUCUGUCUUUGAGAUCGUGGUGGACGUUCUAUUCCUCUGCUUCGCCGUGGACACCAAGCACAACGAUGGCAGCCCCGGCCGAGAGUUCUACAUGGACAAGGCCCUAAUGGAGUUUGUAGAGAACAGUAAAAAAAUGGUGGGAAGGGAUCGGCCCGAGGCAGAUGGAGACGGUCGUGAGAUGAAGCCCAUGACUCAUGGAGGAGGGACUUUUGCUUGACCGAACCAAACCAGAAGACGGAAAC